GAGUGGUGAACGACGGCGAGUGGCGCGACUCGGCGAUGAAAUCGGUAAAGAUGUAAAACUGUUGGAGUCACAGCUACGUGGUACUAGUGCUCACAAGGUCCGAACGCGAAUCGAAACGACGGUCUGUGUAGUAGCGGUGAGCGUGCGUUGGUAUCGGCAUCGGUCGUCCCUUUUAUAACAUUUGCCUUCUCUUUCAACUUUUGGAACUUGGAGAACAACGUUAGUCUGGAAAGAGAACCGGUUUCUAUCGACUAGUGGGUCGUGACAUAAACCAACGUGCGAAAUCAACAGGCAGCGAAUUACGAAAUUGCUGGAUAUGAGCUCCUCAACAUUUAUCGGGAAUCCGGACGUUAUGAUUGCAGGUCCGCCUCCACCACCGCCGCCUCCGCCUCCUGUGUCUGGUCAAUUGCCAGCUAUGAGAAUAAAUACUGUUGAGAAUGCAGCAGCGAAGAGAUCGCAACCAAUUGGUAACGAUGCUUACGAGCCGCCAGCAGCUAUACAGAAUGCGAUGCUGACGAAGGAUAAGAAACCUUUUACCUAUACUCCAGGUAUGGGUGGCAAAUUAGAUCUUUCUCAAAUUCGUAGUCCACGAAUGGCAAGAAGAGUAGCAAAAAACGCCAACGACGAAGGCAUAGAGGGAUCACCGAAACUCGCUACCGAACCGAAGCCGUCGCAGCCACCUGCUGCUUCUACCGUAGCGAAUUUCUUGGUGCAACCACAGGUCGCGGUACCUGUUUUUCCUACCAAUGUGCCAAUUCAAUCUCAUAUUAAUAAGCUGUCACAGCCGUCUCCGAUUAAUAAACCAUCAUCGAAUGCUACGGACAGACAAGUUGAACCAUCGAAGAAUAUCAUAAAAGUGGAUACAAAAGCAGUGCCAAUUACAACAACGUUGAAUCAGCCAAACACUCCUGAAAGUCCGAAUACCCCGACGCAAGUUACUUUAGCUAAGGCGCCUACUCCUUGGCUGCAAAAUAAGAGCAAGCCUCAAGAGGAAUUGCCAGAAUGGGUAAAACGUUCAAGUGUUAAUAAAGCGGCUAGUGGCCCAUCGUCGGAAAGUGCGGCUUUUCCGACGACAGUUUACACUCAAGUUCAGCAAUCGCCUUCGCAAUAUUCGCCGACAAAACAAAAGCAAGAGCAAGAACAAUAUUUGACUUCACCGCGUCCGUCUCAACAAUCAAAACCACAACAAUCGUCUCAACAAUUGCAGCAGCAAAGGCAAAAAAUUGAUUCUGUAACAUCCCAACAAAUUAAUCCAAUCGCGCAGUCACAUCAGCACGAACAUGUCAUACCCAUUCGUAUUGAGGAUAGACCAUCAGUAUUUGACGCAAAAUGCCAAUCAGGCCAUCAUCAAUUUAAACAAUCUCCAACUACGCAUCAUCAACAGCGAUGGGGUCAGAUGCCUUCGCAGCAUGUAUUGGAGAAUCAGAUGCAAAAUCGUUCGCAAGAUCAGGAACAGUUCCAACCUCAUGUUGCAGCUUUGUCUCGGCCAGAACAACUAGCUGGAACGACUUAUAUUAUUCCACUUGUGGUGGAAGGUAGCGACGAAAAAACGAUUCCGUCUAAUAGCGGAAAUAAUACGACUGGAAAGAUUACAAGAGUUGCGCAACAAUGGAACCCCGGUGCGAAUCAACAGCACGAGCCCGGUCCAAUCCAAUCGAAAUCAUUCCGUGUUCUUCAAAAAAUCACGGACACGGAUACACCCAACAAUGUGGGUGCAGAACAAAUACGUAGAAUGGAGUUAAGUGAAGAUGAGAGAUUACUCAUGAAUAAAUUUAAAGAGCAAGUCGAUCAUGAGGCUUAUCUGCAUCAAGAGGAAGAUCCAAGAUAUCGUGGUGCAGCAAUACCCUCUCGAGCUUUCCGUUUCUUACAAAAUAUGACGGAUUCAGGGGAUACUUCACUUACUUGCGCAGCGCCUCGUAACGUACAAAAUGCAAAUAAAAAGCAAAAUAGAAAUUCAAAAGUAUUUGAAGAAACACAGGCAAACUUACCACCUAGUGAACAACAGGUACAAGAACCGAAGAAAUAUAUGGGUAGUGCAAUUCCUUCGCGAUCCUUCAGGAUAUUACAAGCGAUGACAGCACCAGAAAGUAUUACCACGCAAGAAAAUCAUCAAGCAGAUUACACCUGCCAAACAGAGAAUUACUUGCCGGGCAAUCAGCAAGGUAUAUUCAUCCUUUCUCGACCAGUUUCCUUCUGGUAUCCCGAGGGUUGGUCGGGCUGUUAUCCUAUACAUUACAAUAUUCCACCCAAUGAACUCGAGACUAAAAUGAACAAACAUUCUUUUCCUUUUUAUUUACAACCGAACGGAAGUGCGCACAAUGAAUAUGCAUCUUUUUAUCCAGUCUAUGAUAACAACUUUGCGGAAAAUGCACAGAUAAAAGUUAUGCCUCUGGAAAACUUUACAAGCCAGUGCGGUUACGCAGCGAUGGUUUAUCCUCAAACUAAUUACAAUGGUGUCGAACAAUCACACGUUGAUGCAAACAGUUGUAAUUAUGUUGGUUGUCGUUUCACCACCACUGAUUCAUCUCUUGCUCCAAACGAUAAAAAUCUUGUAGAAAACGAUUCGGAUAAUGAGACAAGAAAUACCGUCUUGCCCGAUGAAAUUAAUCAUUUGGAUGCACAAUUGAAUGAGACAUACAAUCUCAGGAAUGCCGAUAAAAAUUGCAACAACAACAAAAAUUGUAUUAUUACGGCGAUGAAUAUAGUUGAUAAAAAAAAUGGCACAUUGGAUAGUUCGGACAACACCACAAUCUCGAAUAAUAUCAAAAUGCCGGAAAAAACAUUCGGUCUACGUAUCAACAUACCUAAUUACACGUAUAUAGAUACUAGUGAUUCAAGUACUUGUAGCAAUUCGAACGAUUCCAGUGACUUUAGCGAUUCUACUUCCGAUAAUGAAGAUCUCUCAGAUUCUUGUCAGAAAAAAAAAUGUAACCGUAAUAACGGUACUAUCUCCAAUAAUACGUCAUCCGAUAGCGAUUCGGACUCGUACGUAGCUUACUCCACAAAUCUAAAUCCUUACGAAAAGUUAAAGAGAGAACUGCCGCGCAUUGCAUCAACCGACAAGAGUUCUUCCAACGCUACUACUUUGGAAUGUUUGACCUAUAAUAGUGAACAUUUGCGAAAUGUUUCCGAAAGUAGUGUCCAAAGUGAAAAAGUGUAUUCUAAAGAAAAUUAUUUUCAUUAUUCAGACAAUCGAAAUCCAUGCCUGACAUUUGAGCAGGAUAUCACAGGUGUCGCGACGAAGAGAUAUAGUGACGACGAGGAUCGUACUGAUGACCGAAGUGAUUUCAAUUCUUGUCCCAAUGAAAACCAAGAUACUGCCAAUUCCAAUUGUGAAUUAAAUAUCAAGUAUCGCGAUCAAGAGUGCCCGGUAAUUGACGAUACCGUUUCUUAUCAGUUGGGAAUUAUUCAUAACGAUACGGAGCGACCAGAUUCCGAGAGUAUUUCUUGUGAAAAUAAAAGGAAUAUCGACGAACGAAAUGAAACUUUUUCCAAAGCAUCCGAUGAUUCUUCCGACGACGCUGAGACCACGAUGGUCAGCGUGAGUUUGCCUCUGAAAUUCAAGUUUUUCGUCUCCGAGGACAAUGAGGAUAUUACAACUGUGAUAAUCGGUAAUAGCAAAAUAAAUGCAGAAAAAUCCUGCAGUGCUAAAGACUCAGUGAAAGACAACAAGGAGGAGGAUGUUUCCGUCAAUUUUCACAUCGGCAAUGACACCAGCGUCGAUUUCACGAUGAAAAGAGACAUUUCAGAUGCGACGUGCGCGACGACAAGCACAAAUGAGAAAGCAGUAAAUAUCGAGUCCGUAAUACCGCAAGUAGAUUUCACUUUAAAGAAGGAUCGAAUGAGAAUUAGCGAAACUAGUUGCGAAAAACAAAACUCGAUGGAAUUGACAGUUACAAAAACAGAACACGACGAGAUCAAUUGUACAGAACCAGCGUCGAGAGAUGUUGAUCAUACCGCUUCUCAAUCUGUGACGGUAACGCAAGAUGUUUUACUAAAUAGUGAAAUUCGCGACAAUGUUCAAGCAGAAUUUAUUUGUAAUAAUUUUGAAAACAUUUAUUCCGAUAAAACAAUCGCUGACAAUGAGCCAAAAGUUGCCACUUUCGAAUACUGUGAGACGCAAAACGAUUUCAUCUCGGAACCUCAAGUUCAAAUUCAGCUUGUAGAUACAGAUAAAAUGGAGCAAGAAAACUAUACAAUCGUCAAUAACAAUGACGAUACGGAACUGUGUUGCCAAGCGAAGCUCAGUGUCCAAGACUCUCGCGAAAACACCGAUGACGAGGAUAGUGGAGUCACUUCCGAUAUAAGUCGCAUAAUAUCUGAAGUAGACACAGACUCGGAGUGUACUUCUUCGAAACAUUUGAAAAAGUAUCAACGAACACAGACACACUCGCGACUCUUUCGGCUUCUGAAUGAUGAUUCUGUUCCAUCUAAGACAGAUUCCUCUUUCAGAAAGAAGUAUCUCAGCUUACCGCUUAACACGGACGCUUUUAACUGCGAUGAUAGCUGUUGCUCCAACCAUUCCAGUGGCUUAACUUCUCCCGAAUAUUCGCCCAUUCACGAGCAAUCUUUGGGAAAAUUUUACAGUACAAUAAAUGGAAAUAUCAUCGGUUUAUCGAACAUUAAAAUGGACCCCUCGGCAAAUCAGUCGGAACAGAUCCCUUCGAAAGAAGAUCCAUAUUUCCGAUUUUGGAAGAACCCAAACUUGCCUGAUGCGCAUAAGCAUGAUGUCGUGCCUUCUUUAGCUUUCAAGAUUCUUGACAGCAAGAUGCCUUCUUGGGCUUACAAAGCGAAUGUACUGUGUCCGAGAAUUAAGAGUACGAAGAAUGUGCCACAAACUUUGUCUACGAUACGAAAAAUGAACAAGAUUAAAAAUCCGUCGCCGUCGCCGCCGGCGAAUCUUCCUAUCCCAACAUCCUAUGCGAACUCUUAUUGAAAAACCAACUAUUGCUGAUGGCCCAGGGCAGAAUGAGGCCGUGUGUUUGCCGCCGCGAGCUACCACUCCACUAUCCAUGGACAUAAUUUUCUCUCGAUUCUCUUCGCAAGACAGGGCUGAAGUAUGCCCGAAGUGUUCUACGAGCUACAUGAUUUUUUUUUCUAUCGAUCCAGAUGCAACUGAUUACUGAGAAAGGACGGAGUGGAAUUCUCUUUAGGCAAAAUCGAAUUAGUGUGCUUUUUUUAUUUUAUUUAUACAAUAUCCAUAGCGCUUAUCUAUGUUUAGCUUAACAAUCAUCCAGUGAAAAAAAAUUAACCAAAGACUCUUUUCAAAGAGAAGACUGUAAAUUGUAAGGGAAAUAUUCGGAUAUUUUGUUAAAAAUUUUAAACACAUGUUUGAAUUUUUAGUUUCAGUGUCUUAAAUGAUAUUAUCUCUUGUAGAUAUCUCGAUUGAAUGAACAAGUUGGUAAUUUCAUUUUUAAUCGUUGUUUAAUGAUUGUAGAAACACUGUACAUUUAUGUGUGAUAACGUGUAAGCUUUUCAUAUAAUUAAUUUAAACGUGCUUUUAAAACUUUAUUUAUCUGUAAAUGAGCAAUAACUUUUCCUGACUCUUUAACCAAUUUCUUAAGAACGUAUUUGAGGAUUAAAUAGCUUUUUAUUACAACGCUGGUCGUCUCAUCGACAUGUCACAAUUACACAUAUUAUAUUUUGUACUUUGUGUUAUAUUGUACAACGCUACUCCACAAAAAAUAAAGAACACAGACGCUCAAAAUCGAGCAAUUUUUAAAUCACUGAAACUUUGUGAAAAAUCCUUUCUGACAAAAAAUUAAAAAAAGCAUUUUAAAACUUGAAGUUUUUACUUUCACAUGCUUUUAAUCGGUUUAAAAAAAUUUUUAUUUUUACGGUUCUUGAAAUGUGUAUUAAUGGCGCGUACGCCGCACACUCACAGUCAGUCGGUCACAUUGUGUCGAGAUGUUCAGACAUGCGUCUGAAAGGUGUUCUCUAUUUUUUGUGGAGUAGUAUACUUUGAGCAGAGAUGUGGUUUGUUUAUUAAGUUAAAUAAUUUGUUAUAAAAGAUGUAAUCUAAUAACACUCUUGUCAAAAAUAUUAAUCAUUAUCCGAGAAUAUAUGUGUAUGCAUACAU